AUGGCUAAUCAUGGGCUAAUUUGUGGUGGUAUAAGGAGGAGGAUUGGUGAUGGUACUUCUACUUCCAUUUGGGAACAUCCCUGGCUCUUUGAUUCAGAUUUCAGGAUUCAUACUCCUAUGCCGCACCAGCUACAGGGCUCGAAAGUGUCAGGUUUGAUUGAUCAGGAUACCCAGACAUGGGAUUUAGCUAUACUCACUUAUAUUUUUGAUCCUCAGGAUGUUAACCGUAUUCUCCGGGUACCAGUUUGCCCCUCUUAUGAGGACUCAUGGUAUUGUUAUAAUGAUCCGAAUGGUGCAUAUUCUGUGAAGAGUGGUUAUAGAUGUGUUCUUGGGGAAAUAGCAAAUACCCCAGGUUUUGAAAAAUGGGCUGCCUUGUGGAAGUUAAAAGUCCCCCCUAAAUGGAAAACCUUCUUAUGGAGAGCUGUUAGUGGUAUUCUACCCACCACUACAAAUCUCUUAGUAAAAAGAGUUGAUAUUGAUCCAUCUUGCCCCAUGUGUACCGUUUUCCACGAGGAUACCAUGCAUACUUUUCUUGAAUGCACUUAUGUUAUACAUGUGUGGAAUGAAUCUCAUCUCCCUAUUUCCUGUGUGACUGGUGAUUGUUUUGCUCAGUGGUUGCAAAAUGCUAUGACUUUUCUAACUGAGGAUGUUCUUAUUAAAGUUAUUGCAGUCCUUUAUCAAAUCUGGGGAGCAAGACACACUGCAGUAUGGGAGGCUUACCUCUAUGCACCACGCCACACGUGGACUGUAGCCAACAAUGCCGUGGCAGCUUGGCAUGCGGCUGGGACUCGGUUUACCGGAGCAUCACGGCAGCAGCAUUCAGUGCAGUUCCGUCCGGGUUGGCGGUGUUUUGUCGAUGCAGGCCGCAACCCAGACACAGGGGCAGCUACGUUUGGAGGGGUUUUAAUAGCGGAAGAUGGCGGUUUCAUUGCGGCAGUAAAUGGGAAGCUCCCAUACACUGAAAAUAUUAUUACGGCUGAGGCACUCGCUUGUAAGGAAAUUCUAUCAUGGCUAAAAGCACGUGACGUUACGGAAAUCACGGUUUAUACGAAUUGCUCGGUCCUCCAAGGUUAUAUCAAUAGGCCGAAUUCCCCACCGAGAUCGUAUACGGGGGUGGUUAUUCGGGACUGCAAGUCUAUUAUGGAUUCCUUUUUCUUCUUGCGUAUUAGUUUCGAUCCCUCGUGUUUUAAAUAUUUUAGCUUAUUUUUUGGCCACUAA